AUGGGAUCCCUUCACGUACCAACGCUGUGGAUUUCCACCCUCACUGCCGCCACAGUUUUGGUGGUUGCCCUGAUAUCCAGCUGGCUUCGGCGACCCAAGUCGUUCAAUCUUCCAGUAUUAGGCGCCGACUCGGGGGAUAUCAAUGCACUAAAGUCUCGAUAUGUGCACGAAGCAGACGCCCUGCUGCGUGAAGGAUACGAGAAGUUCAAAGAUGCAAUAUUCCAGGUUGCCACACCCGACGGACCAAGGGUGUUUCUCCCCAGGAAGUUUGCGCAUGAUCUAAAGGAGUACGGGCGCCAUGAGGCGAGUGGUAUGAAGGCGUUGGCCGACCGUCAUAUCGGCCAUUAUACGACCAUCGACCACGAGAGUGACAUCAUGCUGGGAGCCAUCAAGAUAGAUCUGAAUCGAAAUCUCGGCAUAUUCGUGGGAGACGUAGAGCACGAGGUUGCACACUGUUUCGAAACCCAAUUCCCAGCAUGCGAUGAUUGGACGCCCAUAGACCUCCAUGAGAAGCUGCUACGGGUUGUCGCCCAAGCCUCGGCCCGCAUCUUUGUCGGGUAUCCCAUGUGUCGAAAUGAAGAAUGGCUAGACUGCAGUACGAAAUUUGCGAUCGACGUUAUGACGGGAGGGGAGAAGCUGAAGCAGUGGCACCCGUAUCUGCGGCCGAUUGCUCAGUACUUUGUGCCAGAAAUGACCCAAAUCCGCGGCGAUCAUCAGCGCGCUCUCGACCUUCUCUUACCGGAACUCACCAGGAGACUGGCAGAGUCAAAUAGCCCUGAUGCCUCGCCUCAUAAUGACAUGAUCCAGUGGAUGCAAGAACGUGCACGCAAGACGGGCGAUAAGUCCUUCAAUAACAAGGAGCUAGCCAACUUGCAAAUGCUCACAGCAACGGCCGCGAUACAUACCACGAGACUCGCUAUCAUCCAUGCCUUGUAUGAUCUAGCAGCUAGGCCUGAAUAUGUAGAGCCGCUGCGCCAGGAGAUACUGGAGGUGACGAAGGAUAGCAAAGGUGUCUUGCAGAAGCAACAUCUUACCCAGAUGAGGAAGCUUGACAGUUUUAUGAAGGAGUCUCAGCGACACAGCCCGCCUUCAGUCGCUACGUUCCAACGCAAGGCGAUGAUUCCCAUCACGCUGUCGAACGGGUUCCACAUCCCGGCGGGCACUAUCGUGCAGUGCAACACCAACAUCCUGGACGAAGCACCGACGGACUGGGGCGACCCGCACGCGUUCGACGGGUUCCGGUUCUAUCGGCUGCGCGGGCGCUCGGCCGAGGACGUGAACCGGUUCCAGUUCUCGAGCACGACGUACGAUAGCAUGCAGUUCGGCUUCGGCCGCGACGCGUGCCCGGGCCGCUUCUUUGCCAGCAACCAGAUCAAGAUCAUCCUCGCCUACAUCCUCUCCCACUACGACAUCCGCUUCGACGACAGCGUCGCCGGCCGCCCCCGCAACUUUAUGUUCGAGGUCAACGUCCUCGCCGACCCAACCAAGAUGGUGCUGUUUAGGAAGGUCCGGUAG